UUUUUUUUUUUUUUUUAUUCAGGGCUCAGAGAUGGAUUCACCAGAAGGAGCCACAAUUAGAAGUGAGCAGAAAUUCAGGAAAUUCUUAAAAAGCCUGGUAAGAAAGCAGCCCCGGGACCUGCUCCUGGUGAUUGGGACAGGAGUGAGUGCUGCAGUAGCCCCCGGAAUCCCRGCGCUCUGCUCCUGGAGGAGCUGCAUUGAGGCUGUCCUUGGAGCAGCUGAGCAGCUGGAGGUGCUGCACCCAGGGGAUGUGGCUGAAUUCCGUAAGAAAGUAAGCAAGGAGAGAGACCUGCUCGUGGUUGCACAUGAUCUCAUCAGGAAGAUGUCACCACGUACUGGGGACACGAAGCCCAACUUCUUCCAGGAUUGCUUAAUGGAGGUGUUUGAUAAUUUAGAACAACACAUUCAGAACCCCGUGAUUCUGCAGUCCAUCCUGAGGCUCAUGGAGAGAGGCACGAUGGUUCUGACUACAAACUAUGAUAAUUUGCUUGAAAUAUUUGGUCAGCAACAGGGCAAACCUAUGGAAUCUUUAGACCUUAAAGAUAAGGAUAAGGUUCUUCAGUGGGCAAGGGGCCACGUGAAAUAYGGAGUUCUUCAUAUUCACGGCUUGUACACAGAUCCCUGUGGAAUGGUGCUCGAUCCCUCGGGAUACAAAGAUGUUACUCAAGAUCCUGAAGUCAUGGAAGUUCUUCAGAAUCUGUACCGAACCAAAUCUUUUUUGUUUUUGGGCUGUGGAGAGACUCUGCGUGACCAGAUAUUCCAAGCUCUCUUUCUUUACACAGUAAAGAACAAAAUGGAUCUAGAACAUUACAUGUUGGUACUUAAAGAAAACGAAGACCACUUUUUUAAGCUCCAGGCAGAUAUGCUGCUGCAUGGAAUCAAAGUGGUGUCCUAUGGGGACUGCUUCCAACAAUUCCCAGAGUAUGUCCAGGAUCUGACUGCUCAAAUCUGCAAACAGAGAAGUCCAGAUGCUGAUCGGGUGGACAGCACAACACUCUUGGGAACUUCAUGCGUGGACUGUGCUAAAAGAAAGUUGGGAGAAAGUGGCAUCAAUUCUCCUAAGAGGAUAAAGCAGUCAGAUAGUGAUAUCCCCACUCCUGAAUGAAGAACCCCAAAGAYCCCAGGUCCACCCCAGAAGCUUUUUAACAGUAGGUGUGUUUUGCAUCUGCUGCAUGAGAAGUUUAGAGCUGGUAUUUCCAUGGUUUUAAGUGGAAUAAAAUUGUACAUACUGGCUUUUUCUUUUCUAAAGCUGUAAAUGUGUCACGUGUGUAAA